UUAGGUCAAGAUACGACAUCACGACGACGCGACGCGCGAAAAUGGCCAAAAUGGAGGUCGACGAUGUCGUCGACUUGAGUCUGAGUUCUGGCCGUGAUCCGGCGCUAACCAUAACGCCAGCGUCGACGCCAACGACGACGCCGACAAUCAGCAAUCGGGAUCUGCGCGCUUUAACCGCAAACAACACGGGGCUGACUAUAACGCCAGCGCCAGGACCAACAACAACAGCAAACACAGCUGCUGCCUCAGACUCUGCCAAUGAUGCCACCAACAAUAACAACAACAACAAUAGUAGUAGCAGCAGCAACAACAACAGUAACAGCAGCAACAACAACAAUAACAACAAUAGCACAAAUAAUCAUAAUAGUAAUGACGUCACGUUAACGGAUGCUGCUGUGGCAGGCAGUGGGAGUGGCAGUGCCAGUGGCAACAGUGGCAACAUCACUGGCAGUGGCAGUGUCACACUCAAUCAGGAUGAGAAUAAAGUACAACGUCGUGUGUUGCGACCACGAACCGAACCCAAAUCCUAUGCAGAGGCACCCGACAUUGUUUUGCUGCCGGCACGAACAAAUGGUCGGCAACAGAAUGGCAACAUUGAUUCGGAAACGGAUGAUGAGGAGAUGCCGCCGUAUGUGCCCAUCAAGGAGCUGACGCAUGCCGAGCUCAAGGAGCGCGAGAAGAGUUUGCGCAAGCUGCGACAGGACUUGCGUAACGAGGAAACCAAACUGAUGCUGCUCAAGAAACUGAAACAGUCGCAGCAGGUGAUGAAAGAGAAUCUGGUCGUGACGCCCACCAGUGUCUCGCCCAAUAAUCCGUUGGCGGCCAUACCCAGCUCCCUAACAGCGAAGGGAUCGUUGAGUGUGACGCCGACGUCAGCGUUGCCGUUGCCCGCCCACAGCAAGGGGGGGCGUGGCAGUUUGGGUGGCAGUGCGGCUGCCGUUAGCAUAAGCGCCAGCAAUAGUCGCAGCAUUAGUUCGUCAGCAGCGACGGCAGCCGCUGUGGCUGCUUUGAGCUCGGUUUCGCAUCGCGGCAGCAGCAACUCGUUGGUCAGCAACUCGUUGGGCAGCAACUCGCUGCUGCCGCCACCGAGAUCGUCGCUGGCAGCAGGCGCCACACUCGCCUCGGGCACAACGAUUACCCCAGCGACGAACAGUUCGCAUCGGUCGAGUGUGCUGCCCCCACGCACAAAUCUGCCGAAUCUCACCAUAACACCGUCGGUGACCAUAACGCCGACGUCGGCGCCGCCAUCCAGCCUGAAAGCACGCAAUGUACCUGGGACCAUUAGCAAUUCCGUAUCCAUAACGCCGGCGCCGCCACUGCAACAAACGCACCAAAAUCAGCUCAACGACAUGAAGAAUGAACGCGGCGCGCCACGCGAAGAUUCGCAAACGCCCGCCCAGCGUCAGGCGGCAGCCAAAAUGGCGCUGCGCAAGCAGCUGGAAAAGACUUUGCUACAGAUACCGCCACCAAAGCCGCCACCGCCAGAGAUGCAUUUCAUACCGAAUCCGAGCAAUACGGAUUUUGUCUAUCUGCUCGGACUGGAAACGGUUGUCGACUAUCUAACUGUUAACAAGAAGGCGAAUGCGGUUGCGGCACCCUUCCGCUGUGCCCAGUGCAAGAUUGACUUUACGCCCGUCUGGAAGUGGGAGAAGCAGACGAACAAGGAUGCGAAGGUCAUUUGCGAGCAGUGCGUCACAUCGAAUGUGAAGAAGGCUUUGAAGGCGGAGCACACGAAUCGACUGAAGCAGGCGUUCGUCAAGGCGCUGCAGCAGGAGCAGGAGAUCGAGCAGCGUUUGGCCAGCCAGAGCAGUCCCUCGCCCGUCGUUAUCGAGGCGCACAGUGCGAACAAUGCUGCUGCUGUUGCCGCCGCCGCCAGCAGUGCUGCCAGCGUUGCUGCUUCGCAUCAGCAUCAGCAGGCGUUGCAGCGGGAACGGGAACGCGAGCAGCGCGAACAGUUGCAGGCAUCGCAUGCAUCAGCUGCUGCCGCUUUGGUCAAUUUGCCGCCCUCAGUUACGGUUAUACCCACCAAAUGCCACACACCGACGCCAGCGCCACGGCCAACGCCGCCGCCAUCGCAGUCCUCGUCGUCGUCGUCAGCAGCGCAGCAGCAACAGCAGCAACAGCAGCAGCAGAGUCAACAGCCAACACCACCGCCAGCAGCGAGCCAACAGCGUUCGUCGCGUGCCGCUGCAACAGCGGCAGCGGCUGCGAUUGCCGCCCAACAGGCGGGCAUACUCAGCCCGGGCCCGGGACCAGUUGCAGCGCAUCAUCACGAAUCGACAACGGCAACGGCGCGCUCUUCACGCGCCGAACGCGAUCACCACCACCAUCAGCAACAGCAGCAGCAGCAACAACAGCAGCAGCAGCAACAACAACAGCAGCAGCAGCAGCAACGGGACCAACAGCGCGAGCAGCAACAACAACAGCAGCAACAGCAGCAGCAGCAGCAGGCUCAAAGUUAUGACAAGUAUUCGGCGGCAACGCUGGCAGCGGCAGCGCAUCUCAGCGCUUUGGGCGGCAUGGGUGGUUUGAAUUUAAAUAAUAUCGCCAGUCUGGGUAAUCUCAAUCAGCUGGGCAAUCUGGCGGGUCUCGGUGCGUUGGGUAAUUUUGGUGGCGCCACAACGCCAGCAAAUAAUCCAGCUGCGGCGCUGGGCAAUGCGUCGCCAGCAGCCGCGAUGCAGGCCUUCCAGCAGCAGCUGUUCAGGGCACUUGGUCAGGGUCUGGGCGGCAAUCCGCAGCACAUGAUGCAAUUUGCGCCGUUGCUCUACACCUACCAAAUGGCCAUGGCGCAGGCGGCCCAAGUAGCAGCAUUUAACAAUAACAACAAGAAGAGCAGCUCCGCAUCGAGUUCGUCGAAGAACUCGAGCAAUGCGACCAGCUUGGCGGACAUUCAGCGGGCGGCGGAACUGCAGCGACAAUAUCUGCUCGAAAUGAUACCGCCACAGCAGCCAAGCGGACCCAGCGGCAGUCGCCAGAACAACUGGAAGGCCUAAGAAGCAUUACAAAAUAAAACAACAACAGCAGCAGCAGCAGCUGCAACAACAACUAACUAACUUUAUAAUUUUCUUGAUUAGGUAAUUUUAUAAUUUACGCAAGCAAACAAACAUAAUGUACACGUAAAAUGAUUAUUCUAUUUGUAAACAAUAAUUAUUACAUAAUUAAUUAUACAUAAUUAUACAGACCCACACCCACACACAAAGAAAAUAGCAACAACAAAUGCAUCGUAAACGUAAAAUUGUUGUCAGUAGUUUCUUUUGUUAAUACUUGUCGUGUUUCUCAUUUCAAACCAACAAUUAAUUACAAUUAGCAAUACAAAUUCGCAAAAAAAAAGAAAAACAAAAAAAAAAA